AUGCAUGCCCAGGGUUCCCAGCACACGAGCUCCUCUGGCUCUGGCUCUGGUCAGACAUCAAGCUCCCAGUCUGGACACUACCAUCAAAACGAGCCUCGUACACCCUACGGCCCCAGGUACCAGCAAUCCACCAACCCGAGUUCCCGUGACAGCAGUAUUGCAGGCCUGACCAAUCUUUUCAGAGGAUUGAAUCUGCAGAACUCUCGUCCCAAGUUCAACGGCCAAAAAGGCACCGCGCCCGUUCAAGUGAACACAAACAUGGACUGGUCGAACACCAACCGUGCCUACAACAGCCCAUUCAUCCUGGUUCCCAAUUCCACCGUUUUCAAUGGCGUUCCGACCGUCUCUUCCUUUGUUCCCAACGGUGUCUCUGGUCAGAAUGAUCAGAUGGGCCAAUUCUCGUAUCUUCCAACGGGAGUUUAUCCGAACGCCAACCCUGUGGUGGCGGGUGGAUAUUCGUCAUGGCCCUACAUCAUGAACUACGACAUGCAGGAUGGAACAACCAACAAGCAAGCUACAUGGAACAUGUCUGAAGGUCAGAAGGGGGUUCAAGGGGAGAACGGUGGUCAAAUUCAUUACUACCCCUCAGCCCUUGUUUCUGGCCUGGAUGGCGGUUCUAUGUCUGGUUACGCUUAUGGAGGUAUGGUUCCCUCGCAGCUUGGGUCGCUCUCGCUUCCCCUCCAAAUGAUGAAGACUCCCAAUGGAUACGUCAUUCAAGACCUGGAGGCUCUGACUCAACAAGAGCCUGCCAUUCCACGCGCAGUGCCUGCCAUGUGGACCAACCCGUCUGAGCUGACACUCGCCAAGUGUCUGGAGAACCGCGAGGGUAUAACCAAUGUCUACAUCCGAGGAUUCCUGCCCGAGACCACUGAUGAGAUGUUGCAUGCAUACGCAGCCCGUUUCGGAAAGAUUGAGCGUUGUAAGGCGAUCGUGGAUCUGGACACCAGUCUUUGCAAAGGGUUCGGGUUCGUUCAGUAUUACAGCUUCGAAUCCUGCGAGAACUGCAUUCGUGGUUUCUUUUACCUCGGCUACCAAGCUAGCUUUGCCCAGAAAUCUCGCAACUCUCGCCUGAAGGAUCUCGAGGACAAGUCUUCUACCAAUAUAUACUGUACCAACAUUCCAAUUGAUUGGACUGAAGCUGACCUGCGUCGUCAUUUCGAGCCGUGGCGUGUUGUUUCGGAGAAAAUCAGCCGCGAUGAUAAGACAGGUGUGAGCAAGGAAGUGGGCUUUGCACGCUUCGAAAACCGUGAUGUUGCCGAAAAGGUUCUGAUGGAAUUCCACAACGUCACCAAGGACGAUGGGGUAAAGCUGCUUCUGCGCUUUGCUGAUACCAAGGCCCAAAAGAUUCUGAAGCAACAGAGCAAUGAACGUCGUGCUUACCGCGCCGGAGAGUACAACUAUUCGGUUGAAGUGGUUCAGGGAUCUACUCCAUCCCCUGGGAUGAAACGUGGCUCUCAUCUUACUCCAAACUCUCAAGUCAGCUACACCUCUCCAGCUGGAGUGGGCUCUAACUGGACCCCGGCAACCUCCAUCUCUCCUUGCCACCCGCACAUGAAGAAUCCAUCCAGCAGUGCACGGAGCAGUUCCUUGUCGUCUCGGAGCCUCAAUGCUCUUGAUCACACGCCCGCCUAUCGCAGUCGAACCUUGUCCCUGAGCCGUCGCUCUUACACUGAUCUCUCUGGUGGUUCUUCCAAGACUGUCAUGCCGGACUCGCCGACUAUGGGGCCUCGUAAAGAGAAUAUCAGAGCGGGAUCUGUAUCCCCCGCUUCUUCUUCCCCCGUGAUCAUUCUCUCCCCAGCUCGCUCGUGCACUUAA